AUGCCGCCUAAACAAUCCUCUACUGGGGCUGGUCGCGGCCGGCCAGCCAAGGCGAACAAAGCUCAACCACCUGCUCGCGAUGCCUCGGAGUCUAGCAACCCGUUCGAGUCCUCGGAUGACCAGGCGGAGAAGGCGAACCAAGCGAUAAACAUAGAAGAAGAGCAGGCAGAGCCGGAAAAGUCCAUCCCGAAAGCCCUCUUGACCCGGAUUCUCCACGAGUUCUUUGCCAAGGAAGCAACAAGAAUGUCGAGAGACGCUAACGCGGCAGUGGGCAAGUACGUUGAUAUCUUCGUUCGAGAGGCGAUCGCGAGGACAGCUGUCGAGAAGCGAGGCGGGUUCCUAGAGGUCGAAGAUCUGGAAAAGGUCGCACCCCAGUUGCUGCUAGAUCUUUAG